UCAGUCGCGGUUGCGUCGAUGGAGUUGACGUAAUCUCUUCGGUAAAUCAAGGCAGUCUAUCAAUUCUUUUUCGCUUGUGUGCAGAUACAGGACUUCCUUUUUAAUUUAAACUGGAAAACAACGGAAAAAUACGUCGCACGCAUUGGAAGUCCGGCGGAGGAGGCCGCUAUAAUGGGUGUUUUUCAUAAAAGUGGACGUUACAACCAAUGUUCUGCUUGCAGAUACUGAUAAACACUGACGCCCAUAGUGGUCGCUGCUCCCGUAUGGUCCCGCUGUCGUCUCACUGAAAACCUCCAAAAGCAGGAAGGACCUAUUUCUGAAAAAAGGAAGAACAAUCCUCUUGGGAUCCGGCCGUAAACGCCGCCGCCAUGUCGGGGUCUGUGAAAGUCGCGGUCCGGGUUCGACCCUUCAACUCCCGGGAGAUGGGGAAGGACUCCAAGUGCAUCAUUCAUAUGCAAGGCAACUCCACCACCAUUUCAAACCCUAAAUUCCCCAAGGAACCAGCAAAGAACUUCAGCUUUGAUUACUCCUACUGGUCACACACUACACCAGAGGAUCCAGCUUUCUCGUCACAGAACCUCGUGUACAACGACAUCGGGAAGGAGAUGCUGCAGCACGCCUUCGAGGGCUACAACGUCUGCAUCUUCGCCUACGGCCAGACGGGGUCUGGGAAGUCCUACACCAUGAUGGGCAAGCAGGAGGAGGGGCAGGAAGGCAUUAUCCCCAUGCUCUGCGAGGACCUCUUUGAGAAGAUCAACGAGGACAACACUCCAGGGGACCUGUCCUACUCAGUGGAGGUCAGCUACAUGGAGAUCUACUGCGAGCGCGUGCGCGACCUGCUCAACCCCAAGAACAAAGGGAACCUGCGCGUGCGAGAGCACCCCCUGCUGGGCCCCUACGUGGAGGACCUGUCCAAGCUGGCUGUCACCUCCUACACCGACAUCGCUGACCUCAUGGACGCCGGCAACAAGGCCAGGACGGUGGCCGCCACCAACAUGAACGAGACCAGCAGCCGCUCCCACGCAGUGUUCACCAUCGUGUUCACGCAGAAGAGGCACGACAACGAGCCCGAGCUCUGCACAGAGAAGGUCAGUAAGAUCAGCCUGGUGGACUUGGCCGGCAGCGAGCGAGCCGACUCUACGGGGGCCACAGGAACCAGACUAAAGGAGGGCGCAAACAUCAACAAGUCUCUGACCACGUUAGGGAAGGUCAUCUCUGCCUUGGCCGAGGUGGAUAACGGUCCCACCAAGAGCAAGAAGAAGAAGAAGAGUGACUUCAUCCCGUACCGAGACUCCGUUCUCACCUGGCUUCUCCGGGAAAACCUCGGCGGGAACUCCAGAACCGCGAUGGUGGCCGCCCUCAGCCCCGCAGACAUCAACUACGACGAGACGCUCAGCACGCUACGCUACGCCGACCGCGCCAAGAACAUCAAGUGCAACGCGGUGAUCAACGAGGACCCCAACAACAAGCUGGUCCGGGACCUGAAGGACGAGGUGACCCGUCUGAAGGACCUGCUCCGCGCCCAGGGCCUGGGCGACAUCCUGGACAACCUCAAAGACAUGCAGAACAAUGAGCACCGAUACUUGCUAGCCUCAGAGAACCAACGGCCUGGCCUCUUCUCCACAGCGCCCCUGGGCUCCCUGACCGCCUCGCCCUCGUCUGGGUCGCUCUGCAGCCCGGCGGGCCUGCAGUCGGCCAGCAGCAUCCAGGAGCGCAUCAUGUCCACCCCCGGGGGGGAGGAGGCCAUCGAGAGGCUGAAGGAAUCGGAGAAGAUCAUCGCUGAGCUCAACGAGACAUGGGAGGAGAAGCUCCGGAAGACGGAGGCCAUCCGCAUGGAGAGGGAGGCCCUGCUGGCCGAGAUGGGCGUGGCCAUCCGCGAGGACGGCGGGACCCUGGGCGUCUUCUCCCCUAAAAAGACCCCCCACCUCGUUAACCUGAACGAGGACCCCCUCAUGUCGGAGUGCCUCCUCUACUACAUCAAAGACGGGAUCACCAGGGUGGGCCAGGCGGACGCGGAGAGACGGCAGGACAUCGUUCUGAGCGGCGCCCACAUCCGGGAGGAGCACUGUGUGUUCCGCAGCCAGAGGAACGCCAACGGAGAUGUGAUCGUCCUGCUGGUUCCCUGCGAGGCGUCAGAGACCUACGUCAACGGUAAACGGGUGGAGGACUCCACCCAGCUGCGCUCAGGCAACCGCAUCAUCAUGGGCAAGAACCACGUGUUCCGCUUCAACCACCCGGAGCAGGCCCGGGCGGAGCGGGAGAAGACCCCCACGGCGGAGACCCCCGUGGAGCCCGUGGACUGGACCUUCGCCCAGAGGGAGCUGCUGGAGAAGCAGGGCAUCGACAUGAAGCAGGAGAUGGAGAAGAGGCUCACUGAGAUGGAGAUUUUAUACAAAAAGGAGAAGGAGGAAGCAGACCAGCUCCUGGAACAACAGAGACUGGUGUAUGAGAGCAAACUGCAGGAGCUGCAGAAGCAGGUGGAGACGCGCUCCCUGGCGGCCGAGACCCCCGACGAAGAGGAGGAGGAGGAGGAAGAGGAGGAGGAGGAAGUGCCGUGGACCCAGCACGAGUUUGACCUGGCCCAGUGGGGCUUCAGGAAGUGGAGGUACCACCAGUUCACCUCUCUGCGUGACCAGUUGUGGGGCAACGCCGUGUACCUGAAGGAGGCCAACGCCAUCAGCGUGGAGCUCAAGAAGAAGGUCCAGUUCCAGUUCGUGCUGCUGACGGACACCCUGUACUCCCCGCUGCCCCCCGAGCUGGUGGUCCCGGAGCCCCAGAAGGAGCGCGACGCGCGGGCCUUCCCCCGCACCGUGGUGGCCGUCGAGGUGCAGGACCUCAAGAACGGGGCCACCCACUACUGGUCCCUGGAGAAGCUCAAGCAGCGGCUGGAGCAGAUGAGGGAGAUGUACGACCGGGCUGGAGAGAUGGCCUCGUCCAAUCAGGAGGACUGUGAGGGCACGAUGACAGGAAACGACCCCUUCUACGACCGCUUCCAUUGGUUCAAGCUCGUGGGGAGCGCCCCCAUCUUCCACGGCUGCGUCAACGAGCGGCUGGUGGACCGCACCCCCUCCCCCACCCUCUCCACCACCGACUCGGAGAUCACGGAGAUGGCGGACGAGCGGCACAGCGAGAUGUCGGACCUGCUGGACGACGAGGCGUUCGUGGACGACGCCAGCUCGGACGCCGGCACGGAGGAGGAGGGCUCGGACCUGUUCAGCGACGGCCAGGACCCCUUCUACGACCGCUCCCCCUGGUUCAGCCUGGUGGGAAGGGCCUUCGUCUACCUGAGCAACCUGCUGUACCCAGUGCCACUGGUGCACCGCGUCGCCAUAGUGACGGAGAAGGGCGAGGUGCGCGGCUUCCUGCGGGUGGGGGUCCAGGCCAUCGCAGCGGACGAGGAAGCCCCUGACUACGGCUCGGGGGUGAGGCAGUCGGGGACCGCCAAGAUCUCCUUCGAUGACGAGUACUUCAAAAAGAUCGACUUCCCCCCCAUGGUGAUGACCCGCUCUGGCCUCUCCCUGGAGGAGCUGCGUUUCGUGGAGGGUCAGGGCCAGAGUUCAGAGGUCAACACGCCCUCGGAGGAGCUCAACAGGAUCAAUGAUAUGGACCUGAAGCUGAAGGAGGGCGACGGCAAGCUGCUGGAGGGCGGGGAGCUGGCCGGCCAGCUGGAGGUGGGCAGCGUGUUCACCUUCCGCGUCACCGUGCUGCAGGCCAGCGCCAUCCUGCCCGAGUACGCUGACAUCUUCUGCCAGUUCAAUUUCCUGCACCGUCAUGACGAGGCGUUCUCCACUGAGCCGCUGAAGAACACGGGGAAAGGAGCUCCGCUGGGCUUCUACCACGUCCAGAACAUUUCGGUGGAGGUGACGGAGUCGUUCAUCGAGUACAUCAAGACCAAGCCCAUCGUGUUCGAGGUGUUCGGUCACUACCAGCAGCAUCCGCUGCACCUGCACGGCACGGAGCUUGUCAGGUCUUCUGCCCCCUCCAGGAAGUACUACCCCAUCCCAAUGCCCCUGUCCAAGCCAGUGGCCGCAACUAAACUCAACACCAUCACCAAGUCCAACCUGGGUCAGUGUGUGAGUCGCUACGACCUGCUGGUAUGGUUCGAGAUCAGCGAGCUGGAGCCCACCGGAGAGUACAUCCCAGCUGUGGUGGACCACAGUGGGGGGCUUCCCUGCCACGGCACAUACCUGCUGCACCAGGGCAUCCAGAGGAGGAUCACGGUGACCCUGAUCCACGAGAAGGGCAGCGAGCUGCACUGGAAGGACGUCCGCGAGCUGGUCGUGGGUCGCAUCCGGAGCAAGACGGAGGUGGACGACAGCGCGGCCGACGCAGUCCUGUCACUCAACAUCAUCUCCGCCAAGAGCAUCAAGUCCUCACACAACUCCAACAGGACCUUCUACCGCUUCGAGGCGGUGUGGGACAGCUCUCUGCACAACUCCCUGCUCCUGAACCGGGUCACCCCCUACGGAGAGAAGAUCUACAUGACCCUGUCCGCCUACCUGGAGCUGGACCACUGCAUCCAGCCUGCCAUCGUAACCAAAGACAUCUGCAUGGUGUUCUACUCCCGGGACGCCAAGAUCUCCCCCCCACGGUCCCUCAGGAACCUCUUCGGGAGCGGCUACUCCAAGACCCCCGACUGCAACCGAGUGACGGGCAUCUACGAGCUCAGCUUGUGCAAGAUGUCCGACACAGGAAGCCCAGGCAUGCAGCGCCGGCGGAGGAAGGUGCUGGACACCUCGGUGGCCUACGUCCGCGGGGAGGAGAACCUGGCGGGCUGGAGGCCCCGGGGGGACAGCCUGAUCCUGGAGCACCAGUGGGAGCUGGAGAAGAUGGAGCAGCUCCACGAGGUGGAGAAGACGCGCCACCUGCUGCUGCUGAGGGACAAGCUGGGCGAGGUGCCCCCCACCUCCACCUCCACCACCACCACCUCCACCCACAAGUCCCUGAGCGAGUCCCUGUCCCCCAGCAUGAGCUCGGGCACUCUCUCCAACUCCACCUCCAUCUCCUCGCAGAUCUCCUGCACCACCUUCGAGAGCGCCGUCACGCCCAGCGAGAGCAGCGGCUACGACUCGGCCGACAUCGAGAGUCUGGUGGACCGCGAGAAGGAGCUGGCCACCAAGUGCUUACGUCUGCUGACCCACAGCUUCAACAACGAGUACAGCCAGCUCUGCAACAGCAUCAGCGACUGCAAGCUGUCGGACAUCUCGCCCAUGGGUCGCGACCCCUCUGUGACCAGCUUCAGCAGCGCCACCCUCACCCCCUCCUCCACCUGCCCCUCCCUCUCCGACUCCCGCUGCGGCUCCAUGGGCCAGAAGACCCCGGAGAACGGCUCCCGGGCCUGCAGCCCGUCCUGCUCUGACUACGAGUCGUUCCCCGCGGUGCCCAGCCUGGAGGCCUCCUUCCUCGCCCGCGCCGGCAAGAACGAGUUCCUCAACCUGGUCCCCGACAUCGAGGAGAUGAGGCCAGGGUCGGUGGUGUCCAAGAAGGGCACGCUGAGCUUCAUGGAGCCGCGCUCCAACUCGUGGGUGAAGCACUUCGUGGUGGUGCGCCGGCCCUACGUCUUCAUCUACAACAGCGACAAGGACCCCGUGGAGCGGGGGGUCCUCAACCUGUCCACCGCCCAGGUGGAGUACAGCGAGGACCAGCAGGCCAUGCUCAAGACCCCCAACACGUUCGCUGUCUGCACCAAGCACAGAGGCAUCCUCCUGCAGGCCAGCAACGACAAGGACAUGAACGACUGGCUGUACGCCUUCAACCCCCUGCUGGCCGGGACGAUAAGGUACCAGCUAGGCUUUAGCACCGCUAGCCGGGACGAUAAGGUACCAGCUAGGCUUUAGCACUGCUAGCCGGGACGAUAAGGUACCAGCUAGGCUUUAGCACCGCUA